CGACUCGAUUACACUGUCAGUCGAGCUGCGUACUUGGAACACGGCGCGCAUUAUAUACGUUUAAUACGUACACAUACCACGUGCUGCUGCCGCGAGCUGCAACCGUCCGUACGCUUAAUGUACACUUAAUCUCGCGCGAAUAACACGACGACACGCAUUGCUGAUAAAGCCUCCCGACGACGACGACUCGAGUCUGUUCCGUGGCUUUUCCUCGUUUUUUUCGAGUAAAAGAAGAAACAACUGUGUCAGUCAGUGACGUGCUUCCACACGCGCAAUAAACAGAUACACGUUCAACCAUGGACAAGUUUCAGCUUCCGUUGAGCUCGAAAUGCAUCAAGUACCUGCUGUUCACCUUCAACCUCUUGUUCCUGUUAUCGGGAAUCAUUAUGUUGAUUAUUGGAUCGGCCAUUCUAUCCAUGUACCAUGAGUAUCAACACUUCUUAGACAACAGGUUUUUCUCAGUACCAUCACUUCUCAUAGCGAUUGGUUCAAUCAUUUUCUUCAUUGCUUUCUUCGGUUGCUGUGGAGCAAUCAAGGAAAAUUAUUGCAUGAUCAUAGUGUUUGCAGCUCUCAUGGUCAUUGUAUUCGUAAUGGAAUUCGCAGCCGGUAUCACUGGUUACGUUAUGAGAAAUAGCGUUGGAGAAGCGCUACAAUCAAAAAUGAUUGAUACUACUAAUAGGUACAAUACAAGCGGAGAAAUCCGACAAGUUUGGGACCUUAUCCAGAGAGAUUUCCGAUGCUAUGGUGUGAAUAGACCGGAAGAUUGGGAAGCAAAGAUCAGUAAUAAAACUGAACGUGCUCACGAUUUACCGCUAACGUGCUGCAAACCUGGCGUUGUCGGAGCAUGUCAACUAAAUGGAACCUUAGAUUAUGAUUUCUCCACAAAUGACAAUCUUACUUACUGGAACGUAGGAUGCAUCGAAUCGAUGACUGGUUUUGCUAAGGAGCACGCCUUACAACUUGGAGGCGCUGGUUUAGGUUUAGCUUUUGUUCAGGCUGUUGGAAUUUGGUUUGCAAUUUAUUUAGCAAAAGCAAUUAAAAGGAACUAUCAUGGAAUGCCCUAAUCAGUAAAUUUUCGUGAAAACGAGCAAAAAAUAAUCAAAAAGCAAAUAAAUUAGUACUCGUUCAUUUUAAUGAAUGAUAUGUACUUUUCAUAUUCUCCGCGAAUUUACGUUGUGUAAAAGAUGUUGAACAUUUUUUUUAUUUUUGUUAUUUCUUUAUUCUAUUGUAAAAUAGUCACUUCGCAUUGCAUUCAAGUGCAUGAAAACACUUGAGCUUCCAAUUAUGACUUAUUCAAUAAAAAUUUUAUGAAUCAAUACCAUUCAAACAGUAAUGUUAAUGUUCAACAAGUUGAACAUUUACUAGAUUUUCGAAUUCAAAGUAGAUUAAGAUUACUUACUCAUUUGUACAAUCAAUCAAGUCUUAUAAAACCGUUUUGAUUAUUCCUGCGUAUUUAUGAAUCGUCUGUAAAUAGCGAUGAAUUUUAAUUUAAAUGUUAUAGACUUAAUCCAUGUGUAUAAAUGUAUUUCCGAAUA